CAUUGACCUCCGGAGGCACUGGAGGUAGUGUGCAGCGUGGACAAAAUGGAGCUCUACAAAAUGUACCUUCUUUGCAGUUUAGUCGCCUUGUCUUUAUCAGUGGCUGUUGCAAAUCGAGCUAAUAAACCUCCUCACAUUCUGCUCGUGGUAGCUGAUGAUCUCGGUUGGAGUGACGUUGGAUUUCACGGCUCAAAAAUCCAAACGCGGAACAUUGACCAACUUGCCUCAGAAGGAGUCAUUCUUGACAACUACUAUGUUAUGCCGAUUUGUACGCCGACGAGAAGUGCACUCUUAACGGGAAUGUACCCAAUUCACACUGGUGAGUGGCCUUUCGUUUCAUUAAAGAUUUUGACCCUAAAAAUAUUUCAUUAGUGCGGGUCACGCUUAAGCCGAGAUUCCAUAUAUUCAUCUUUGCCGCCGUUUUGGACUUUCUACAACGACAGCGUGGAAAAUCAGUGGCGGAGCCCUACGAGAUAGAUGCCUUUGUUCCCCUUAAUUCGAGAUAGCCAUUGUCAAAAGAAUUUUCAGUCUAUGCAAGCAGUAGAUUUUUUCACGCACUGAGGGAGGGAGGGGGUGCAAAAUCUGAUAGUCUUAUCUCAGUUCACAGUUAGAGUUUAGAUCGGUCAGAUAUCAGCUGACUUGCUGACAGCUUCCAUUGUCAGACAAACUGCACAUACUUAUUUUCUACUAGUAAUAAAGAAGUCGGUGCAAAUGAAAUAUAAUUUCUUUGCUGGAAUGGGGCGAGGAGAUACAUUAAAACCCUAGCAAAUUUUAUUUGUGGGGUGUUGGGUCCUCUUUAUGUGCGUUCUUAAAAAAUUAUACCAUAACUUUCCGGGAUCAUUAUACGUUUUUGGGAAACUGCCCACCUACCCCUCCCCUAAGCCAACAUUUUGCCCUAAGUGAGAAGUAAGUGUUGAUGUUCCUGAACAUCAUUAAAUCUUUUAUCAAUUUUCUUCUGAAGGUUUACAGCACUUGGUUCUCCUUCCAUUUAGUCCUUAUGGAUUGUCCACUAACUUCACCACGUUACCCCAGAAGCUGAAAGAAUCAGGUAUUUCUUCAAAUCAUUGGCUCCAGUACGUAAAAGAAAAUAAAUUAGCAAUAAAAGGCUAACAUGCAUCUCUGUGUUUAUAACUUGAUCUAUUUACCUCGAGACAAAUGUUGUUAAGAGCAAGGAUCGGUACAGUCGGUUAGUGAGAGGCCCUUCUUUGCGGGAGAUUCCGAGCUCGAUUCCGAGGUGCGAGCUCAAAGGCCUUAAGUCCUUAUUUCCGAUUUCUGAAGUACUGUAACUGGUACGUACAGACCUCAAACUUUAAUGUUACUCCAAUUAAUUUACUGUUUUAAAGACAAGGUUGUCUCAUUAUUUCAAUUCUAAUCACACAUAAGAAGUUGGCAUUCGUUUUUAUUUACUGGCCGUUUUCGUUUAAGCCUUCAAAGUUGAUAAUAUCGGUGAAAAAUGAUUUAUCGUCUGGAGUCACUCCUGGCUGAUGCUAGUCUCCCUCGCAUUGGAUGUCACGCAACGCUCCCCCUCUCUGGGCUGAUGCGUGAGGUCAUUUCUCCCUCAAACGUUAUAUCGCCGGGCGCUGGAAGCUCAAGCUAGCCAGAGGGUUUGGCAAUAUUGCCAUUGUAUUUAUUCAGUCACGGUCUGCAAUAUCAACCUAAGCAUUGAUGACGGUUUUGUCACAACUGUACGUACUCUCAAGGUUCAUCUAAAAUUUCGUUAAAGGUUAUGCCACUCACAUGGUUGGUAAAUGGCACCUUGGCUACAACAAGUGGGAGAUCACUCCAACAUAUCGUGGUUUCGAUACAUUCUAUGGUUUUUACAAUGCUCGGGAAGACCAUUACUCUCAUACAGUGUUAGAUAUAUUAGACCUUCGAGACAACAAGGAGCCAGUGAGGAACCUGGAAGGAACAUUUGGUACAUUUGCUUUCGCAGAGGUAAAGUUUGAAGUUUACUUGCAGUCGAGGUUGCAUUGACCUUAUAGUCAGUGAACACUGGCUCCUGGGGGAGGGUGGUGAUGGAGACAGGAGCCUCUUCCCCCUGGGCCUCCUUUAUUCAUCCUGUCUACCCUCGAGUUCUACCGUUCUCGUCGUCCUAUACCUCACAAGAGAGUAUGCCUGUUCAAAGGUUGGAACAAAUAAACACAUAAGCAUAAAAGUAUAAGCGUAGAUAAAUAAACCUGAUGACUGGAAAGAGCAAUAAUUAAACGAAAUGUCAGUCAGUAUCUUUGACAACUAUCAAUUGUCACGCAAGUGUAUCGAAUAUUAAUAAGAUCUUAACUUAAUUAAUGAAUUAAUUUAUUUGAUUUAUUUAACAGAAUAAGGAACACACUGAGCAGUUUUGCGUCUGCUUAAUUUGUUUGUUAAAAUGGGAAACGUUCCACGUUCUGACAAAUUUUCGUGUUCCUUUCAACAGCGAGCGAAGAAAGUCAUCGAGUCACAUAAUUCUUCCACACCCUUGUUUUUGUAUAUGGCAUUCCAAAAUGUCCAUAUUCCACUCCAAGUCCCAAAACGGUAUUCCGACAAGUACAGCUUUAUUGAUAAUGAAGAUCGCAGGACUUACGCUGGUAUGGUGGAUAUUUUGGACGAAGCCGUUGGCAACAUUACACAGGCCAUGAAGGAUGCCGGGUACAAUAACUGCUUUGCAUGUAGUGUAAUAUUUGCCGCCGUGCAGGUUGUCUCCCACUUACUUUUCAGUGGACAAAAAUCUUUUACCAGAAUAUUUCAAGUCAUAUCGCUUUUUAAUACACUUUUCAAGGGCUAUAGAUAUAAUUAGUGAUCUGUGGGAGCCCGAGAAAAUAAAUUUCAAAUUUCACAGGAAUCAAGAAAAGACAGGUAAAAUCAUCCUGCGUAAGAUUUCAAUUUUUUUGACUGAAUUUGAGACUUUUAAAGUUUGUUUUCUAGGGCUUCCUCAAGAACCUUUUUUUAGAGUUAUUUCAUAUAACUUAUUACAUCUAUAGCCCUCGAAAAAUGUAAGAAAAGGACGCAAUAUGCCUGGCAUGAAGUUAUUCUGGUACAAGGUUUUUGUCCACAGAAAAAUAAAAUUACUCAGUUUCCCAAUAGAUUCCAUCUUAAUCCAUCUAUCCAUGAAAUAGCAAAAGUGAGAAUUAAAGAGGCUGUUUUACGGCUGUCUAGUUCAUUUUGUUGAUAAUGCCAAUUGGUGUGUAGCCCCCGGGGGAUUCGUCACGCGUUCCUAAGAACGUCUGCGUUGGAAUGCUUAUUCGUUACGGAACUGAGAAAUUACUUUUAAUUGACAAAACCACAACUUCAUAUCAAACAAAGACGCCCUUAGCAUUAUUUAAAAACAAAAAACAAAACUGUUACGCUAACAAGUUUUCAGAACUGCAGCUUUGUUUCAAAGGUCUUCAAGAUUUUCCAUCCCUUUUGUAUCUGCCGUGUUAUUUAUACCAUCUCAAUUUUAACGUUUUGAGCGGUUAUUCUUAUGUUUUACUCAAUUUGGUGUCAGUUCCCUCUGCUUGAAUUUUAUUAAAUUUCCUGACACAGCUCCUUUAAAAAACCGGAAAACAAAAGAUAUACUCAGAGGAGAUCAUGAGUGGUCACGUCAUAACAUUGUCUGCAGUCUCAUUUCAGAGUAUAUUACAUAUGCCUCCAUAACUGACCCUGGAGGUGACACGGAUUAAAGUGGCUCGUGUUGUCAUUCUUCCUUUAUCACUUAUACCCCAUAAAAGAAGCCAAUCACUGGAGUAUAACAGCUUCCAUAUCUUUACCGUCAUUCAGUUUGAGUUACGCCUUCUAAUUUAACGUGAGUUACUAUUGUUUCUUAGAUUGUGGGAGGACACCCUCAUGGUUUUCACUACUGAUAAUGGAGGAUGGCAUAAUCACGGUGGAUUCAACUGGCCGCUUCGAGGGGAGAAGACCACGUUAUGGGAGGGAGGGGUUAGAGGGGUAAGCUUUGUCCAUGGAAACAUGCUUGGCAGAAGAGGAGUGAAAUGUGAAGGCCUCAUGCAUGUUACAGACUGGUUUCCAACAUUGGUCAAUAUUGCAGGUAAACACAUGCUUAAACAUAAGCAAAACGUUGAACAGAGAGAUAAAUCACUGAAGAAAUAUCAAACAAUUGUAGCAUUGAUCAUAAGAUUGACCGGCGCCUGCGUGAUGCGUUGCUGCUUGUUUGGUGUUUUUGUUCUAAGCUGUAUUAUUAUCGUAAAUUUUCAACGUUUUUCUUCUCUAUUCCAACAGGUGGUACUCUUGAUCAAGCACCAACUCCACUGGAUGGUAUGAAUGUGUGGAAUACCAUUUCCAAUGGCGAUCCGUCACCCAGAAAGGAAAUACUGAUCAAUAUUGAUGUGGAGCCUCAAACGGAAAAUGCUUUUAAAGAAGGCGGGUCGAUUGACAUCUACGAAGGGAUAGCUUUGAGGGUUGGCGACAUGAAACUUCUUUUGAGUGUGCCUAAUGCCUCUUGGUAUAAACCCCCGGAGCUAGGUGGAGAUUCAAGUAUGAGGCAGUACACACCCCCUGACACAAACGGCAGGCUUGGCUGGUUUCAAGGUGGAGAAAAGGUACUGAGAAGUAAAGACCGAUAUUUUUCUGUAAGUCAGGCAUCUUAGAACCCGCCGUAUCCUCCUCACAAGUUGAUUUUGACUAACACAAGAAAGGAGUAGUCAAGUGGUGAUUACCACGGGUACACGAACUACCCUUGUGGAAAACCUUGUGCAUAAACAUAAAACUUAUUAAUAAGAAUUUAUUUGAUGUGGAGGGAAAACGACCCACUACAAAGUAUGUCGAAGUUAUAGCGUAGAGAGAAGGAAAGAAAUAAAAAUAAUUCACCUGACACUAAUAUCAGAUGUGCCGCCGUAAAGAUUUAAUCAGUAAAUUAACUCGGUUAUAUCAGGAGCCGAUUACUCCUAGUUAUAUACAAGCCCCCAAAAGUUGAACAGUUCUAUCCACGGUACAAAUCUCUAUCCACUUGAUAGCGCAAUUGGUUUCCUUAGUAGUACUUGUUUGUUGUAAAGUGAUUUAUCCGGUGGGUAGCGCUAUACAGUGUUUUAACAGUCAGGACCAGAAAUUCAAACAUAUCUAUUACGCCUGGGCUGAUGGCCCGGGUGACUCGAACAUUAAUUUAAAUUUGUCAGUUCACGGAAAAAGUUCGAUUUCCUCAACAGACCACAGGAGACACUGUGCAAGUUGCCCUUUACAACAUAACCGCUGACCCAACGGAACACGACAACCUUAGCGAGAAACUUCCAGACGUGGUCAAGGAAAUGAAAAAAAGAGUGCAGUAUUACAUGAAGGGGGUCGUGCCUCCACCCACCAAAAUGUUUGAUCCUAAAGCUAUUGUAAAAGCAUUGGAGGAAGGUAUUUGGACGCCUUGGCAAGAUUAA